CUUAACCUGAAUCACGUACUUGCCAGGGGAAGUGAAAAAAUGAACACCUCAACAGAUAUUUACAAGAAUCUAGCGACCAAGUCAGCAUUUCAAUGGCUAGAUUUUCGAGUUCCUUACUGUUUCUCAUAUUAUUUUUUGUAACCAGUACUUUUGCCAGUGAGAUUUACACAAAUGUCUGGGCAGUGAAAAUCCGAGGUGGUCAGCGAGAAGCCGAAAAAGUAGCACUGAAAUAUGGUUUUUCUUACGACAAACAUGUCUUCCAGGAAUAUCAUACUUUGAAGAAACCUGAAUUGAAGGAGCAGUCUGAAAAGAUCAAAUCACAUUUAGAGGUUGACAGAAACUUACAGUUUGAGCCAAAGGUUGAAUGGUUCAUGCAUCAGAAGCUGAAAAAAUACCAGUUAUUCUCCAGAACAGACCCAAGAUUUCAGGAGCAGUGGUACAUUAAAAGACCAGCAGGAUCCAAUGAGCCAACAUACAACAUCACUUUCACUUGGGACAAAGGCUAUACAGGGAAAGGAAUUAUGGUGGCCGUGGUUGAUGAUGGAGUAGAUGGAUCACAUCCUGAACUGCGUAAAAACUAUAACUGGACUCUAAGUUAUGAUUAUGUGGCAAACAAACACAUGAAACAUGGAACGCCAGUAUCAGGCCAUGGCAACAAUUGUGCUGGUAUCAUUGCAGGAGUAGCCAAUAAUGGUUUAUGUGGGCGGGGUUUGGCAUAUGAAGCAAACAUUGCAGGCAUUCGCCUCUUUGACGAGGGUAUUAAGUCGACCGAUGCAACAGAAUCUGCGGCCUUGGUGCACAAACUGGAAAGCAUUGACAUAUACUCCAACAGCUGGGGGCCUGGGGACAUGGGCUGGCGAGUAGAGGGUCCAGGCCCGUUGACUAGGAAAGCGUUAGAAAUUGGCACUAAAAUGGGUCGUGGCGGCCUGGGCGCCAUUUACACAUUUGCAGCUGGAAAUGGAGGCAUUACGGGAGACUGUUGUGCAUACAAUGGUUAUGUGAAUAGUAUUUACACCAUCGCUAUCAAUGGUGUAAACAAAGAUGGAACUAAUCCCACCUACGCAGAGGAAUGUCCCGGAGUCAUGGCCACCACGUACAGCAGGGAUUCAUUUAAGGGACUUGGAAAAGUUAUAACAGUGGAUAACAAGGAGGGCUGUGUCGAUGAUUUCGCAGCCACGUCAGCGGCUACUGCCAUGGCGUCCGGGCUGAUUGCACUGACCCUGCAGGCAAAUCCCAAACUAACUUGGCGUGACAUACAGCACAUUGUAGCCUACAGUGCAAGGCGAGCCCCAGGGGGGGUGGCACUCAAACGAGGAUAUUGGCAGCGGAACAAAGCAGGCCUAUAUGUCAGCAAGUUUUAUGGCUUUGGCCUCAUGGACGCUGGCAAGAUGGUGAGCCUAGCAAAGAAAUGGACAACAGUGCCUCGACAGCUGAAAUGUGAGAUUGAAGGCAGCGAAACGAACAAACAAAUCCCAGGUGCAGUUUUUAUUGAAGUGAAAAAUUGCGCGAUCAAAUUCCUGGAGCACGUGCAGAUCAAAGUAAAUCUUGAUUUCCCUCACCGUGGCGACUUGGCCCUUCAGCUGAAAGCACCAAGCGGCACCACAUCUCCGCUGACUCGAAAACGAAGAAUGGACAACUUUACAGGAUACAGAAACUUAACAGACUGGAUUAUAGCAACUUUGUUUCACUGGAGAGAGAAUCCCAGCGGGAGAUGGGAGCUAAAAGUUGAUGAUUUUGACCCCAAAAUCCCCAGUUUAGGAACGCUUUACGACUGGUCUUUGAUACUUUAUGGGACUUCCUCAGACCCACUCAAGUGUUUACCAGAAGUCGGCAACAUACCAAUGAACCAACCCGUGCCAACAAAACCAUCGAAACCACCGCCCCAGUCAGGUUCAUGGGACAUGCUCGGCUUUUUAGCCAUUCUCCCGGUUUUUGCUUUGUUUAUUUUUUACUGUCGUUGGAGGAAAAAGAACAAAGAAGUUGAACGAGACCGUGGUAAAGAUGACGUGAUGCAAAAGAAUGAAGGAGUAGGAAAACAUGACAAUGACAAACAUGUAAUCUCUGUUAAAUCAAUAGAGUCGGGGGAAAGUAAACCUAACGGAGUUUAUGGUGGCUCAGAUAUAAAAGGAAGGGUUUCGGUAUAAAGAUAUUACACCGGAAAGAACGGUAUUCAAUAGGGAUACAUCCUACUUGAGUAUGUUAGAACUGAUUUUUGUAAACUUCAAGCGAAUGAGAUUCGUUUUCAUUUCAUCAAUUACCCAAGCUUCAAGUUUCACUUUCUCUGUUUCUGUUAGCUAUUCAAUAUUGAAUCAGCUCAAAAUUACGUGACAUUGCCUCAUCAAAGUAAACAUGUUUUGUCUAGGAAAAAACAGUAUUAUACGUCCAUGCCUGAAUGAGAAAUCUUUGUGGAAAAUUAAUUUUGAUUCUUCUUUUAGACAUUUUUUGUUGUUGCAGGGUUAUCGAGUAAGCUCUUCCUGAUAAAUAAAAGUAAGUUUUAAGAUA